AUGAAAGGUCGGAGAGCCUACGACCUACCCGCGGCCUACAGCUUCCGUCAACCCGCCUUCGUUGCGAAGUUUGUCUCCCUCCUCAUCGCUGACGCCCAGGACGUCCCCACGCUCGCCUACCAGCUCCUCCUCGUCUCAUCUGCUGCAUGCCUCCUCCGCUUCAUCGGCAGCCACAUCACGCGGCAGGUGGAGGGGACUGUGCUUAUGCACGUCACCCUCGCAGACAAGCAGGAACACGCGCUGGCAAGGGAGGUUGUGGUCGCCAUCAAGGCUGACGCGGGUGGGACGUUCCGUAGAUUCGCGGUGGUUGUUCUACUGUCUGUGGAGGUUUAAUGACGACGCCGUGGGCAUGCUCUGGGACGCUGUUUAUUUUCUGUUAAGGAGAUCAGUACCUUUUCAGUCUUCAGGGUGUGAAUAUAUACAAGAUAUGUUGAUAUAACCUGUAGAAGACUCAUUUAUUUUGAGUACUCCAGUAGCUAUCACUCCUCGCUAGGUCAUAUAUAUAGUAUGUUUCUGGUAAUUUUGAUUGAACUAAUUAAUGAUCUGUGACUGUUGCAUGUAUAGUUUGUAAGCUGCAACCAGUGAGUACUACACAUGUAAAUAUGGUUCUGUUCAGAAAUUUUUCUGGUUGUACGUAAAUUAUAAUUAUGCAGUUCAGGUUUACUGGUUGUACACAUAAAAAUAUGGUUAUGUUAAAAAAUUUACUGGUUGUACAUGAAUUAUAA